UGUGGAUGCGCCGAUAGCGGUCUAGCGGUAUCAGGUGUUUCUAGUUUAUGUCUGUCCAGACUGUCUGCAAUUUAGAUAAUCUUUCAUUUUGGUUUUUGCUAGAAGUAUUUGUUAUCCUGAUAGAAGAAGAGCUUAUAAAUUAAUAGAAAAUAUUACAAGAGUAUCACAAUUUCUAAGUAGAUUACUAACGAUUUAUCUGAGCCAUAACCUACUUGCGACAAUGCUACCAAAAGUGUUGAGAGACUUUUACGUGCCUGGCUCUCAAUGUGUAAGAUGGGCGUCUGUUGCGACGAAAGCAAGCCAAGAAACAAGAAAGCCGAAAACUGGGAUUGUGAUGCUGAACAUGGGAGGACCACAGUCUGUCGACCAGGUGUCCAAUUAUCUCACAAGAAUUAUGACCGACAGAGACAUGAUGCAGCUUCCUAUUCAAAGCACUCUGGGUCCAUUUAUUGCAAAAAGGAGGACAGCCGAGGUACAGAAGAAGUACAGUGAGAUUGGCGGGGGUUCUCCUAUACUCAAAUGGACUAAAUUACAAGGAGAUUUACUGUGCCAAGCAUUGGAUUCGUUAUCACCUGAGACUGCUCCACACAAGCAUUACGUUGCAUUCCGCUAUGUCGAACCAAUGACUGACACUGCAUUGACUGAGCUAGAAAAAGAUGGUGUAGAAAGGGCAGUAAUAUUCUCGCAGUAUCCACAAUACAGUUGCGCCACAUCUGGAUCUAGCUUCAAUGCUAUCUAUUCACAUUAUUUAAAAAAAAGUCCUCCGAACAUCAAGUGGAGUGUAAUCGACAGAUGGGCAACUCAUCCUCUUCUUGUCAAAACGUUUGCCGAUCGCAUUCAGACGGAACUCAAGCAAUUCCCGGCCGAUAAACAGAAGGAAGUUGUCAUACUUUUCUCAGCCCAUUCGCUACCUCUUAGGGCGGUGAACAGAGGCGACCCAUACCCUUCGGAAGUCGGAGCCACAGUUCAGCUGGUGAUGGAUGAGUUGGGUUACUGCAAUCCGUACCAUCUAGUGUGGCAAUCGAAGGUCGGUCCCUUGGAGUGGCUGGCUCCAUUCACUGACGAUGCGAUCAAAGGUUACGUAAAACAAGGCAAGAAAAACUUUAUACUUGUGCCAAUAGCUUUCGUGAACGAGCAUAUCGAAACAUUGCAUGAAAUGGACAUUGAAUACUGCCAUGAUCUGGGAAAAGAGGUUGGAGCGGAAAUGAUCAGACGCGCCGCGGCGCCCAACGACCACCCGCUGUUCAUCUCGGCAAUGGCUGACCUGGUGGUGACCAACCUGAAGCAGGACCGCGCCGUCAGUCCCAAGUUCCUCAACCGCUGUCCGCACUGCGUCAACCCCAAGUGCUACGAGGCCAAGCGAUGGUUUGCUGCCCUCUGUCACAACAAGUGACGGCCAAUCUCACGUCAGGACCGCUAAUAGUGCAAUAGCAUGUUGAAUUCAAUUGUGAUCAAUGUGAAUGUAAUCGAACAUUAUGACAACUAAUAGUGCAGUAGCAAGUUCACUUCAAUUAUUGUGAUCAAUGUAAGGCCCGCCGCAAAGUAGACCCACGCUAAUCCACGAAAAGCAACCCACGCCGUGGGAUGUUUUGUGAACCAUUGCUAGGCUUCUCCAGACAUCUGUGUAAUACAUGCAAUGAAUAAUCCACUUGUCAGCUGAUUGAUUAUGAAUUAUUCUAUAGCAAUGGUUUACAAAACAUCCCACGGCGUGGGUUGCUUUUCGUGGGUCUACUUUGCGGCGGGUCUAAAUGUAAUUGGACAUUGUGACCCACUUUGUCUAAUGCAAGGUCUGUAGAAAAAGGUCGAAACACGAUCCCAUGAUGCCUUCCAGAACGGCCAUAUCGAAGCUUUCCAGUUUACUAGUUUUGAAGUUUGUUGACUAGUUGUU